AUGGAUGUCUCUCACUGCUGUACUUCCUGUCAGGCCCCCCUCCAACCUGAUGAUGGACACGAUUUGUGUCCAUCAUGUCUGGGCCUUGAGCACCUCAAGGAGGCCCUGGUGAACAGCCACUGUAUGGACUGCAGCUACAUGCCGAUGGCAGCUAAGCUGGCCAGGCUAGCGGAGGUGAAUCCGCUGCAGGACAACCUUCCCCCAUCAGGCCAGGCGCCCACAGUGAAACCUGGUCGCUCGAAGCGGGGCACUGACGCACCUGCCAGUGCAGGCGCCCCACCUGCUAAAAAGAAGCCUAGGGCUAGGCCCAAGACCAACCGCUCUCGACUGUCGUCUAGGGUGGAUCAGUUGUCUGCGGAGCUUGGUCGUAUGAGGGCUAUGCUCCUCGUCCAUCAACCUCUGGAGUGUCCUUCAGAGGAAGCUCGGGUGCCUACUCCUGAAAUGCCACACUUGACCCAGGAGUCCCAAGAGCCAGAGGAGGAUGCGCUGUCUUUAGCUGCAUCAGCCUCCCAUUUUCAUGAGUACGAGGAAGGGGAGGUCUAUGAGGGGGCCUCUCAGGCCUCAGAUCAAGGCUCCCACUCCUCAGCCCAGACUGAGCUGUCCGAGAGCGGGGAUAACUCGAUGCAGGCCAUCCUGAGAAUGGCCCUGGAGAAGUUAAGGGUGGCCUUACCAGACCAAGCAGGGCAGGCCCCAACAAGCAGAUUCUUCCGGCGGAAGCCAGCCUCCAAUGCAUUCUCUGUCCCUCAUGCAGAGGACUAUUUGAGGGAGCUACAGGUCUGCUGGGCAGACUCGAAGGCCUGCUCCCGUCUAACCAGCGACGGUCGUGCGCUGGCAGCGAUGCAUGGUUCGGCAGACGUUGGCUUGGACUGCAUGCCAUCAAUUGAGCCAGUCGUCGCAUCUCUGGUGGUUCCCCCAGAUGAGGCCUUGAGCCGGGACACCAGGUGCCCUCGCCCCCAGUGCAGGCUGACCGACGACCUGCUGAUUAGGGGCUAUAACACAGGAGCAAAAGCUGGGAGAAUUGGCAACUCCCUGUCGCACCUCCUGCUGGCACUUUCAUCAUCCCUGCAGGAGGACAAUGCAAUCGCAGAUGCUACCACCCUCUGUGACGCGUCACUGGAGGCGUUUGGCCUCAUGGCUCGGGAGUUAGGGAGGAUGAUGUCCAUCAUAAUCCAGGCCCGCCGCCAGGUUUGGCUGUCCCAGUCACGGCUGACGGACAAGGCGAGGAAGACCCUCCAGGGCCUCCCGGUGGUGCCAGGAACGGUCUUUGGUCCAGCUGCCCAGGAGGCACUUGACCAAACCAUCCAGGCUGGACAGACUAGACAGCAGCUGAUGAGCCUGCACCGCGCUCCUCCCCAUAGCAGGGGCAGGGCCAGGGGCAGAGUCCACUCAGCUGCCCCUGGAAGCAACCCCCCACCAGCCCACUUUAGAGACCCACGCUUUGCGCAGGGGCAAGCCCGUGGACGGGGCUUUGGUCGUGCGCAGUCUAGGCCAUUACAGCCCCCGGACCCCGUUGGACCCCCCAACAGGGCCCCUAGGGGCAGAGGGGCCAAACACUGA